GACGCCCGAAAAAGUAUUUACGUCGACCGAUAACGCUUUGACGAUGCCGGAUUGGCUAGGUAAACCCUGUGAUGUGGCUUGUGAACAAACUAGAUAAUUGGAUUUCGGACAUUUCGGAUGAAGCAAAAAUGUCGCGCAAGACGAGCAGCUCGCUCUACGUCUAUUUGAACGAUAUCAAAUUCAUUCUACCGCGUACUUCAGAAUUGUUAGCGCCAGUAUGAUCAAUCAUUCGGAUCAGGUUUUAGUGAGCCUAGGAGAAUUAUGCAUAUCGGAUGAUUAUUCCGAUGUAACAUUCGUCGUAGAAAACGAGCGCAUUUCAGCGCACCGCGCCAUCCUAGCAGUACGGUGUGAGUACUUCCGGGCGCUUCUGUACGGUGGUCUGGAGGAGAGUAAGCAGAGCGAAAUAACGCUUGAUGUAUCGUCGACCGCCUUCAAGCACUUGCUCCGAUACAUCUACACCGGCUCCUUGGAGUUGAAGGACAUGAAAAUGGACAACUUGUAUAGUUUGCUCGGAUUAGUCCACGAAUAUGGCAUCACUGCAUUGGAGAAAGCUAUCUGGGAUUAUCUGUAUGGAGCGUUGAUGGCUGAAAAUGUUUGUGCCAUUGCAGACGUGGCUCGUCUGCUCGAUCGGAUGGAUUUAAUGGAGAAAUGUUAUGAAUUUAUUGAUGAAAAUACGCUGAGUGUAAUGGAACACGAAUCCUUCUGCAAUUUAUCGUACGAAAUGGUCAGCAGUGUACUUGAUCGUGAUAGCUUAAACAUUGAAGAGAUCGAAUUGUUUCAAGCCAUUCACAAGUGGUGUACGAGUAAUAGCGAAAUAGGAGAAAAGAAGAAGGUUAUUUAUGAUAAAAUACGCUAUGCAGCAAUACCAAGAAAAAAUCUAAUUUCAACUGUGCGACCUACUGGCAUUGUAAAUUCCGAUCAGCUACUGGAUAUAAUAUUCACGCAAGACGGUACAACCAAAGAACAAGAAGUUCAUCCAUAUCGAGCUAUCUCACUGCCGGGUAAAGACGUGGCCGCAAACGCUAAAGUGGAAUGGACAACGAAUGGAGAACGUAAUCAAGCUUGUUUUAAACUUGGGAAACGAUACUUUAUUAACUACAUUCAUCUUAAUCUGAAUAAUCCAACAAACUCCAAAAUAUUUAUUCCUCUGAAUAAUUAUUCCUACUCCAAAACCGAAAGUCUAUCGGUAUCAUCCGAUGGCAAAACAUGGUCAACCGUUUCAACAGGAACAAAGAAUUACUCUUAUUUUACUUCCCAUCCAAGUGUUAGUUUCCUUGAGCAACAAGUUCGCUACAUUCGUUUCGAGUCUCCAUUUUAUAAUUCCAGCAGUAACAUUUCUUUGUCGGCCAUAUUAAAGCAAGAAUGAUAAAUAAUUAAUUGCUUUCUAAACCUCGUUAAUAUAAUCCCAUUUUGACUAGAUUGAUCCCAAGACUAGAUAAUCCCAUUUUGAAUUAUAUUCAAGGUAUAUUCGUUGAAAUCUUUGACCUUUGAUCUGUUUUCUGUUAAUUUGAAUUUAUAAAAAUAAACUUGGAAUAUUUCAA